AAGUUUCUUGUUAUUUUCAAGGAAUGAACUUUCAGUAAAGGACUUGCAGAUUUAAAGGGAGCAAAGAUGAAUACUAGCGCGAGGAAUAGGCUGCAGUCCAUGAAAGCUCCAAUGAAGCUUGAAAAAGAGAAGGCUGAAAUGCAGGGGAGCAAACCAAAUGUUGCCAAAAACAGACGAAUCUCGAGCAGAGAGAGGAAAAUAGCAUUGCAACAAGAUGUUGAUAAUCUAAAGAAGCAACUUAGGCACGAAGAGAAUAUUCACAGAGCUUUGGAGAGAGCUUUCAGCAGACCGUUGGGAGCUCUCCCUCGCCUUCCUCCAUAUCUCCCUCCUGCGACGCUGGAGCUUCUUGCAGAAGUGGCUGUUUUGGAAGAGGAGGUGGUUCAGCUUGAAGAACAGAUUGUCUAUUUUAGGCAAGACUUGUACCAAGAAGCUGUCCACAUUUCAAGCUCCAAAAGGAACAUGGGAAGUUUUUCCGAUUUAUACAACUUGUACCGAAAUAAGAAUCCCAAGCCAGAUCAGUUGAAGUCCUUGGCUCAAAAUCUGGACAAAUCAGCCGCUUCCAUGAAAAGGCAUUUGUCAUCCCUUUCCAAUGGAACAGCGAAAGAGAAUGCAUUCUCUACUGCUAAUUCUAUGAAGAACAACAAAGGAUCCUCAAUCCAUAAAGCUCAGACAAGCAAAAAUAUGGUCAUAAUACCUGCUGUCAACAAUGGAUCAGCAGAAAAGACAUUAGAUUCUCCUAAGUUACAGCUAGAACGCAGAGUAACAGGCCAAGAAAAUGUGGAAGCAAGAACUGUUGUUACUCCAGGUGAAAGGCUCUCAGGAGAUGACAGCCCGAACAAGGUGUCUGAGGACAUCAUGAAAUGCUUGUCAAGCAUUUUCUUACGAAUGAGCUCAGUGAAAAAUAAGCCUACUGCAGAUAAUUUACCUUUCUCGUCAACAUUAGUCUCUCAAGAAAAUGGGAAAGAAAUUGAAUGUCGGGAUCCUUAUGGUAUAUGCUCAGAAUUUGGAAACAGAGAUAUUGGGUCAUAUAAGCGUUUGUUUUCAAUAGAACCUGGGGCGAUUAAUCCCAACCGAACAUCAAAUUCUUUGUUUCUACUUCACAGACUUGAACUUCUAUUGGGGAAACUUGCCUCCGUCGACUUGCAGAACCUCACUCAUCAGGAGAAACUUGCGUUCUGGAUAAAUAUUUACAAUUCCUGCAUGAUGAAUGCAUUUCUAGAACAUGGAAUCCCCGAGAGUCCUGAGAUGGUUGUUGAACUAAUGAGAAAGGCAACAAUAAAUAUUGGAGGACACCUGCUAAAUGCAAUAACUAUAGAACAUUUCAUCCUUAGACUGCCUUAUUACUCAAAAUACACAAUUUCAAGAGGCGCAAAAAAUGAUGAAAUGGCAGCGAGGAACAUAUUUGGGUUGGAGUUAUCUGAACCACUGGUAUCAUUUGCCCUUCGCUGUAGAAGCUGGUCCUUCCUGCUUCCAAAGUGCAAUGCAGCUUCAUUUUGCUAUGAAUCACCGAUAAUACUGCAUACAAAAGUAAAUAAGCUCUAA